AUGCACAUGGGAGACUCCAAACAGCACUAUGAAUGGUGUCAGCAAGACAGGGUGGGGUCAGUUGUUCCUGCUGCUUCCAGACAAUAUGAGAAAAAUCCCUCCUUCUCUUAUGCACCUCCUAGGCUUUCUCCAAGCAGAAAUGGGAUGGUUUCAUCUGAUCAGUCUUCCCAUCCAGAAACCCCAUGUAACUUUGGAUGGAAUUGCUCCUGGGUUACAUCUACUGAUGCAUCUGGAAAACCAGACUGGAUGAUGUCUUCAGUACUUGCUUUGACUUCUCAGGAAUGGCAGCAGAUCAUGGAGAACAGCUCUUCCAACAGAUAUCUAGAAGGGAACAUUCUUCUCCUGAACUUAAGCAGCAUUUCAGAAAGGUGCAGGUUCAGCCUCCACAGCCCAGUCCUGCCUUGGAGCUCUGAUUCCUGCCUGUUGGAACUGACAGUGCACGCACAGGGUGCCACUCUAGCAGGACUUUCUGCAGAAAUUCAGUAUGUGGAUUCUAACCACAGCAUACCCAUCCCUCUGCAAGAGGGACAAGAAGACAAUGCCUGGUUGAAGUGGAAAGUGCUGGUGGGUUCAAUUGGACGAAUGGACAGGCCCUUUGAGAUCACCCUGCUAUAUACAAGCUGUGGAAGAAAGAGUUCUGGUCUUUUGGCACUGGGCUCUUUGCAGCUCAGAAAUUGCUUUCAUGACAAAGAUGAUCCACAUCUUUCUGAAUACGACAAGGGUUCUAUUGUCCCUUGCCCACAUGGAGGCUGCGUCAGUCACCUGCAGGUUUGUGAUUUUGACAGUGAUUGCUCCAUCAAGGAAGGUGACAGAUCCAUCUGUGAAAGUCUCUCAGAAGGAGCACACUGUUCUUUUGAGGAAGGUACCUGUGGCUGGACAUUGGAAGGCAACACAAAUUCUUUCUGGUCUAUAAAGAGCUUUUCAAAGAUGCAUGAAGAUCUGAAUGGAGACUCUGUCUUGCAUGCUACUGAAGGUCACUUGCUGUAUCUGCGUGCAGACAGUGAUCACACAGAUGCUUCUGCCAGAGCAUAUAGCCCCAGUCUGCCAGCCAGUCUGACCAGCGGAGCCUACCAGGUUCAGUUCUCAGUGUACAUAUUUGGCCGCUACAAUGGCACCAUUUCACUGUCUGCUUCAGAAGAGGCAGAUGGUAUUAACGCCUCAUCAUUGGUAUGGGAAAGAAAAGGGACCUGGAGUGAUCACUGGUUUCUCAUAACUGCAGAAAUGCCAGAGCUUCAGAAGAGGUUUCAUCUGCAGUUCCUAGCCACCUGGGGCUGGGAUUCACAUGCUGACAUCGCUGUGGACAACGUUACCUUUGGUCUAGACUGCUUCCCUGAUGGAAGAAGACAAAGCCACCCUGAUGGAAAGCAACACUAUCCAUGGGAAAUGAACAUAUAUAACCCAUUGGAGGAACCCCUUCCUUUAGAAGAAGCGCCUGUUGUUCACUGGUGUUUCACAGCUUGUGGAGCUAGCGGGCCUCGAGGGCCGACUCAAGCACAGUGUGACAGUGCCUAUUACAACACCAAUAUUUCAGUGACGGUGGAGAAAGAGGGACACUUACGAGGGGUGCAAGUGUGGAAAGUGCCAGCAUCAAAUCGAUACACGGUUUCAGCAUACGGAGCAGCUGGAGGAAAAGGAGCCAAGAACCACAACAAGCGAUCCCAUGGGAUCUUUAUUUCAGCCAAUUUCCAGCUGGAGAAAGAUGAGCUCCUGUAUAUCCUAGUGGGACAACAGGGAGAAGAUGCCUGCCCAAGGGGCAACUUUCUGGCUGAGCAGAUCUGCUUGGGAGAAUCAUCCAUCAUUGAAGAAGAAUACAAGAAAGAGAAGGGCCUGACUGACUGGGCUGGAGGAGGGGGUGGGGGUGGAGGAGCCACUUACGUCUUCAGGCAGAAGGAUGGCGCUUUUGAGCCCUUGCUCAUUGCUGCAGGAGGAGGAGGAAACAGUUACUUGAAAUAUCAGGAUGGUUCCCUAGAAGAUGCCUUCUUGGAAAAGUAUGUGAACAGCACAGCAAUACCUGGAGUCAGUGGGAGAACUGGGGCAGCCGGUGGAGGAGGUGGUUGGGAAGAUAUCACUCACUUUUCUUGGGCUGGAAAGUCUCUGCUGGAAGGUGGAGAAGGUGGCACAGCCUGCCACCAAGCACUGGAAAAACUCCAGUGGGCCACAUCGGGUGGCUUUGGUGGUGGAGGAGGAGCUUGUACAUCUGGUGGUGGAGGUGGAGGAUACAAAGGUGGUAAUGCCUCUGAAACUGAUGAUAUUACAGCUGAUGGACAACAUGGCCUUUCUUUUGUGAAUCCAAUUGGAGAGAUCUUCUUGCAUCCCUUGUCAGUUAUGGAAAGCCAUGGUGAAGUGGUGAUUGAAAUCUUCUUGAACUGCACCCACUGCCAGUCGGGUAACUGCAAGCCAGGUCCUGACACUACCCUGCCAAUCUGUAUUUGUGGGAUUGGAACCAUUUUAGCCAAUGACAAUGUCUCUUGUACAGAGAUCCGUGGACCUAUUCCAGAAGGACACCUGCCUUUCCCACUCCUCUUGACUGUGGUUGCAAUUAUUGUGGUGCUUGGAAUGGCUCUCACUUGCGGCAGCCUAUCAAUUGUUUAUCAUCGCAAAAAGCAGCAGUUGGAAGGGGCCCGUGAGCGUCUGCAGAGUCCCGAAUACAAGCUGAGUAAAAUCCACACCUCCACCAUCAUGACUGAUUACAAUCCCAACUACAGCUUUGCAGGGAAGGCCGCCUCCCUCAGUGAACUCAAGGAGAUCCCACGGAAGAACAUCUCACUGCUCCGGGCACUUGGACAUGGGGCAUUUGGCGAAGUUUACAAAGGGACAGUGGUCGGAAUCACAGGAGAUCCCAGCCCUCUGCAGGUGGCUAUCAAGACAUUGCCAGAAAUCUGUUCUGAGCAGGAUGAGAUGGAUUUCCUGAUGGAAGCGCUUAUCAUAAGCAAGUUCAACCACCAGAAUAUUGUGCAGUGCAUUGGGGUAAGCCUCCAGACCUUGCCCCGCUUCAUCCUGUUGGAGCUUAUGACUGGUGGAGACAUGAAGAGCUUCCUUCGGCAAAAUCGCCCUCGGGUGAACCAGCCAUCCACUUUGGCGAUGCAGGACCUACUUAACAUAGCCAGGGACAUUGCUUGCGGCUGCAAGUAUCUUGAAGAGAACCACUUCAUCCACAGGGAUAUAGCUGCAAGGAACUGUCUUCUGACUUGCACUGGGCCUGGACGUGUAGCCAAGAUUGGUGAUUUUGGAAUGGCCCGGGAUAUCUACAGGGCAAGCUACUACCGCAAAGGAGGGCGAGCCAUGCUUCCAGUAAAGUGGAUGCCCCCGGAGGCUUUCCUAGAGGGAAUCUUCACCUCCAAGACUGACACUUGGUCCUUUGGAGUGUUGCUUUGGGAGAUCUUCUCUUUAGGCUAUAUGCCUUAUCCUUGCAAAACCAACCAGGAAGUACUAGAGUUUGUCACCAAUGGGGGCCGAAUGGAUCCACCAAAGAAUUGUCCAGGGCCUGUUUAUCGGAUCAUGACUCAGUGCUGGCAACACAGCCCUGAGUAUCGACCCAACUUCUCCACCAUUCUGGAAAGAAUCAAGUACUGCACACAGGACCCUGAUGUGAUCAACACAGAACUACCCAUUGAAUGCAACCCAACAUCAGAGGAUGAAGGAAACACAAUGUUGCAUCCAAAUAGUUCCACCAGCAUGGUUCCUUUGCUGGGAAACACUUCUCUUACACCCCAGGCAAGUACAUUAGACGACUGUAAUCCAGGGCCCAAAUAUGUACAAUAUCCACAGAAGCUGCUGGUGGAUAACCUGGCUAACUGCACAGCCAAAGGACCUAACAUGCCUUGUUUCAGUGAUUCCAUCACUGGAACUUGGACCCAGCCAACUCCCAACCAGCAACCAGAAUCCACAAGUCAACCAGCACACAAGUUGAAGAAUAAAACCAAAAACCUUUGGAACCCAACUUAUGGGUCCUGGGUCUUGGAAAAUAUUUGCCAGCCUGGACCCAGCUCCAAAGUAACACGAGACCGAGAAGACUCAGGAUUCGACGGGAACUGCAGUUCCUCCCCUAGUCCUCGGGCAUCACCAGCAUCUCCAAGUCAGAGCCAUUCUCCUCACAUUGAUAUUGGUGGGAUUGAACUGGUGAAGCUACAGAGUUUCCCUUGUGGCAAUGUGAAUUAUGCUUAUGAUGAUCUUUGCUAUGAAACUAAUCAGCCUUCAAACUUGGUAGCAGAGCCAGCCACACUGCUGAGGAGUGCCAGCCUUCACAGAGAUGGCAAGCUUUUCAACAAACCAGAGAAAACCUCCAGAGAAAGGGACUCUGGCCUUUCCUUGUCUGAUGAUCUGAGUGUUACACCUGUAUAA